AUGACCUCCGCGGCUCACAGCGGCCGCUGGGACAUCAGCCCCGGACAGGACCGGGACCAGGACAAGGAGAACUCGGUCCCGGUGCUCAGCCUGGUCCAGUUCUCCAAAGCCCCGUUCGUGAGCUUCGGGGCCGUGACCCUGGGCUCCUCCCGGUCCGCGGUGCUCAGACUCCAGAACCCGAGCGAAGACACAGAGGCGCGGGUCACAGUGGACAGAGUACCGGCCAAGAAGGGCUUCUCCGUGGGUCAGGACCGCUUCACUUUAGAGGCUGGGGGGGUCUUCAGUCUGCAGAUCACCUGGACCCCCACAGAGGAGGGGGGGCUGCGUGAGCUCAUCUUGUUCAGCGCCAACGGAGUCGUCAAGCACCAGGCGGUGCUGCUGGGACGAGCGGAGGCACCGAGGAGGAAGAAGAAAACUCUUUGGGACUCUAUCAAAAACAAACCUGGGACGGGAAAGGUGUCCGGUCCGCGGGCGAGGAGGGCGGUGGCUUUGGGCUCCAAGAUGGCCGCCAACAAGACGUUCCAAGUGUCGCAGAAGGCGCAGAGUAAACGGCAGAGUCGCAGCCCGCUGGCCACACUGAACCGUGGAUCCCACAGAAGCUCCAGCGCCGCGGGGCGGGUUCUGGUUAAUGCAAAAGAAAACCAGGACUUUCUGACUGUUCCUGAAAACAAAGAUCUUUCUAAAGUUCUUAACAAAACGCUCUCGCCGAUCGGAACUCCGGACAGACUGAAGAAACUGAUGCCGAGGAUCGAUCCCGUGGACACCGCGCUCACCAGGUCGUCCCUCGGGCCGUCCCUCAGGUCUCCCACUCUGUCCAUCACAGACGCUCUCGCGCUCAUCGACUCGGACCUGAGCCCCAUCCGCAGCUCGCCGCAAAGCAGCGACUUUUCAGAUUCACUGGACUCAAAGAGCGGCAGAUUCGGUGCGGCAUCCGAGCCGCAGACCCCGCUGGCGGGCGAGCCGCAGAUCCCGCUGGCGGGCGAGCCGCAGAUCCCGCUGGCGGGCGAGCCGCAGACACCGAUGUCGAUCGAGCCACGGCUGACCUUCUGCGUGAGCGAGCCGCAGACUCUGCUGGCGAUCGAGCCGCGGCUGACCUUCUGCGUGAGCAAGAAUUCUGCUGCGCACAACGUCAAGAUGUUCACGUCGACCACAGUGACCAAAGCCCGAGCGCCGGUCGCUGCCACCGCCACGAGCGGCAGGAAAAUCAAGAGAUCUCGACGGCGACUUUUGGAGCAGACUCUGGAGCUGAGCGACUGCAGCAGUCAUUCUGACUCCCGCGCCGGGACGCCCUGUUUACCGGUGAUAGAUGCAGACGCCGGCUGCACACCGGGGGGCGGGUCCUCUUCUGUCAGACCUGGUCCAGAGCUCAGUGAAAGAGUCCACUAUGAAACUAUCUCAGAUUCUACCAACGCUUCGUUAGCGGCAAAUUCUUUUCUGUUCAGUUCAGGACUCGAAGGUCUCUGUGUCGCAUCAGAGAACAGAGAAGAGCGCACACACGUUUCGUUUGCCUCAUGUCCUGCGGCAGAAGUGUCACUCCGAGCCGCCGCCAUGGCGCCCUCACAGCCUCCACCGUUGCAGCCGCCACUCUUCUUGGCGUCUUCGCCCGAGUCGUUCCCCGUUCACCUGCCCGCACAAGGCUGCAAGAGGAAGAGCCAGGAGUUUCUAUCGGCCGACGCAGAGGCUGCAGGCGCAGAGCAGGGCGCGCAGGUGAAGAGGAGCAGAGCGGCGCCGCAGAAGAAGACGGCAGCGCCGCAGCAGCGCAGAGCAGCAGCCUCUGUCUCCGCGGGGACGACGCUCAGGUCUGCUCCACAGACGGCUCUGAGCUCCAGACCCGCUGCACGCCGUGCUCCGUCUCUGAAGUCGGCUGCUCAUAAAUCCAGAGUGGUGGCGGUCGCUCAGUCCAAGCUCACCUUUUUCAAACCGACACAAACAGCGAUGCCCCGACACCCGAUGUCCUCGCGGCUAAGAUCAUGUUUCUUUACGAGCGCCUGGAUGGAGAAGUCAGGAGCGCGGCUUUCACCUGGUGAUCAACGCCUGCUCACAGCCGGAGGCCUCAAGGUGCAGCCCCCGCCGCAAAGGUACUUACCCAGGGUCAAAGUGAGUGCAGCGGCCGUGGUGCUGGUGGUGGAGCAGGGCUUCUAA